AGUAAAGUUCCAAGUAGUAACCUUGAAGCGAGUAAUAUAUAUGCAGCCGUCUUCGCAUUAGCAGGGAACACCCUAGGUAGAAGACACAUUUACAGACGACAGUCCGUGUUCAAGAUAUGUUUCGGCUUGCAGUUUCACCUCCAACUUCCAUUUCCACCCCCACGUCAGCCGACACUGCUUUCGCUCGCGUACCGUGCGCCGCUCUUCUGAGAACUAAAGCCGCCUCUUCUUGCUCUUUAUCGUCGUCCUUCGGGUGCGUUCGGCUUCACUCCUGCCCGCUGCGUCUGAGCUGUGGUCCAAUCAGAGCCAUGUCUGAGAUUGAUACUCUCUCGGUGCCAAGCAGUGCUUCUCAGUCCUCUGUUUCUGUUAACAAGCAAGCACUAAUAUCAUUGUCAGACAAGAAGGAUCUUACUUUUCUUGGAUCUGGGCUUCAAAAACUGGGUUACACAAUUGUUUCAACUGGGGGAACAGCAUCAGCUUUGGAAAGUUCUGGCCUAUCUGUUACUAAAGUGGAACAGCUUACCUGUUUUCCAGAAAUGCUUGAUGGCCGUGUAAAAACUUUGCACCCUAACAUACAUGGGGGUAUUCUUGCUAGAAGAGAUCUAAAGCAUCAUAUGGAAGCUCUCAAUAAACAUGGAAUUGGUAUGUUUGAUGUUGUAGUAGUGAAUCUGUAUCCCUUCUAUGAUAAAGUAACUUCAACUGGAGGAAUUGAGUUUGACGAUGGAAUUGAGAAUAUUGAUAUUGGUGGUCCUGCAAUGAUCAGAGCUGCUGCAAAGAAUCAUAAGGAUGUCUUGGUGGUUGUAGAUCCACAAGAUUAUCCUCAGCUCCUAGAAUUUCUUGGAGGAGAUGGGAAUGAUCAACACUUCCGUAGACAGCUUGCUUGGAAGGCAUUUCAACAUGUUGCUUCUUAUGAUUCUGCAGUAUCUGAGUGGCUUUGGAAGCAAACUGCAGGAGGUUCUUCGGAUAAAUUUCCUCCCAGCUUAACAGUGCCUCUUGAGUGCAAAAGUACUCUUCGUUAUGGUGAAAAUCCUCAUCAACAUGCUGCGUUUUAUGUGGACAAGAGACUUGCAGAGGUUAAUACUGGUGGCAUUGCAACUGCUAUUCAACACCAUGGGAAGUCGAUGUCAUACAAUAACUACCUAGACGCUGAUGCAGCUUGGAAUUGCGUGUCAGAGUUUAGAAACCCUACCUGUGUAAUUGUAAAGCAUACAAAUCCAUGUGGAGUCGCUUCACGUGAUAAUAUACUUGAAGCAUACAGGCUUGCUGUUAAAGCAGAUCCAGUGAGUGCUUUCGGUGGCAUUGUAGCCUUCAAUGUAGAAGUAGAUGAGGCUCUUGCUAAGGAAAUCCGGGAGUUUAGGAGCCCCACAGAUGGUGAGACUCGGAUGUUUUACGAGAUUGUAGUUGCGCCCAAGUAUUCAGAAAAGGGGCUUGAGAUUCUUCGUGGAAAGUCUAAGACCCUAAGGAUCCUUGAAGCAAGUAAAAAUGAGAAAGGAAAGCUUUCACUCAGACAAGUUGGUGGUGGAUGGUUAGCCCAGGAUUCAGAUGACUUGACCCCUCAGGAUAUCCAAUUUAAAGUGGUUUCUGAGAAGGCUCCGCAAGAAAGCGAACUUCAGGAUGCAGAGUUUGCAUGGUUAUGUGUCAAGCAUGUCAAAAGUAAUGCCAUUGUAAUAGCAAAGAAUAAUUGCAUGUUGGGCAUGGGAAGUGGCCAGCCAAACCGUCUAGAGAGUUUGAGGAUAGCAUUGAAGAAAGCCGGAGAUGAGGUCAAAGGGGCAGCUUUGGCUAGUGAUGCCUUCUUUCCAUUUGCCUGGAAAGAUGCGGUGGAAGAAGCAUGUGAGAGUGGGGUCAGUGUUAUUGCAGAGCCUGGUGGGAGCAUCAGAGAUGGGGAUGCAGUAGACUGCUGUAAAAAGUAUGGUGUUUCACUUCUCUUCACCAAUGUGAGGCACUUCAGGCAUUGAUGAUUGCCAGCAUUUCUCUCUGCCUUUUUCAGCUCCCUAUUUGUUUCCAUCAUGAUUGAAAGUUCUUGUUAUCCUAAACCAUGAGUAGGUGCUCUGUUCUGGCGAAGGCCCUGUUGCGUUAGAUUAAUGGAAGCCAUUUGUUAUGAAAUC